AACAGCGGUUCCUUUUUUGGCGGGAGCUCGCCAAGUGCGCGUGCAGGUUUACACCGGUUUGGCGUGGGGCAUUAAGCAUCUCCAGUAUCAGUGGUUGGAACGUACGGCCUCCGCGCGUGCGCUGGUGAGGCCGGAUCGGCCUGUCUCUCCUUCGCCGAUGAGGUUGCUCUUCAUCUUUGCAGAAAGGGUUUUGUUGUAACAUGCCAAAGAACGCGCGCUCAAUGAAGGACCCAUGUGUGAUUAAUGACCUGUUUUUCGAAUGUGUACACGGCUACAAGGUUUUCCGUAUUACUCCUAGCGACGACUUUCAGGUGAAGUCCCUUUUUCGACUGAAACCACUUUUGGAAGAUAAGACGGUUGAUUUCUGGACCAAUCCCCUCCAAAUCGGCAAUACCGUGGAUUUGAUGGUAGCACCGGAAGACCAGGAGGAUGUUGAGGAAUUGCUCACCCAGCAAGGCAUGCAUUUAUCGGUGUGGAUUAGCGACGUCCAGAAGCUUAUUGACGAAUCGACCCCAGAGGAAGAGGAAAAGAAUAUCGCCGGGCUCUCCGGCUUCAACUACGAAACGUACCACAGUACUAACACGAUAUUGCAGUGGGUCAAGGACAUGGCCAGUGAAAACAGCGACAUUGCUUCCUCACAAAAGAUAGGCUCCUCUUACCAGGGCAGGGAGCUCAGAAUUCUGAAGAUCAGCAGAGGAGGGUCCAACAAGCCGAUUUUGUGGUUGAUGAGUGGGGUGCACGCCCGUGAGUGGCUGUCGCCGGCUACACAACUGAAGAUGGUGGACAUGUUGGUUGACGGAUACAGGAGAGGUGAUAGCGAGAUUGUCAACCUCCUGAACAAUGUGGAUUUCUACUUCUUGCCGAUGGCGAACCCGGAUGGCUACGAAUACAGUCGCAACUCUGAUCGUUUAUGGAGAAAAACGCGCUCACCAGCUCCUGGUUUCUGUACCGGCACGGAUCCAAACAGAAACUGGGACGACCAUUGGAACGAUCCAAAUUCGAAUACGAACCCCUGCUCCCAAACUUAUCGGGGUUCAUCUGCGUUCUCUGAGAAGGAGGUAAAGGCGAUCUCAAACUACAUUCUGUCAGUGAGAAGUCGGGUCAAGGUGUUCAUAGACAUGCAUUGCUACAGUCAGAUGUGGCUGAAUCCGUACGGCUGGACAACAACACUUCCAGGGAACUACAAUAAUCAGAAAAGCCUUGCUGACUCCGCUGUGGCAGCGCUGAGGGCGGUGAACGGAUUGAGGUUCACGACUGGUAGCGUGGCUCGAGUCCUCUAUGCGGCCCCCGGCUCCAGCAUUGACUGGGCCUACAGUAAGGCCGGCAUCCCCUACAGCUACACCCCCGAGCUCAGAGACAAAGGCAAUUACGGUUUUGUUGCCCCAAAGUCCGAGAUCAUCAAGAGCGCCAACGAGGUCUUUGCGGCCUUCAAGGUCGUUGCAAAGAAAAUAGCUUAGAUCCAGGCUGGGCAGGUUAUAGGCAGAGCACGCCGUUGUAAGAUCCUGACCCACUUCGGUAUUUUGAUUUCAAUAAACGAAAAAUUAGUAACGAGGUAAAAGAGAAAUUUCAUGACCUGUUCAUUGGUCAGGAAUCAUUAUUUGAAACUGACUGCUUGGUGGCAGCAAACACUUCAUGUCAAGCCACUCUAGACCUGAAGCGCAUUCCAGAGCAUACUCAAAGCGUCGGAGACUCACAUAAUUAUUCUUUCAGUGCGGUGCAUGGUGACGUGUAGUUAAAAACAAAGAGAUGAUAUGAUACAUCAUCAAAUUGAAACGGUAUUUAUCACAAAUCCAGCUUCUUACUGGUACGUUGCUCAAAUUCCGAAAAAAUAAAAC